AUGGAUGGAGUUUAUAUGGAAUGUACGAAAGAUGCAAACGGCUCACCAGUGUUGAAGGUUUUAAAAAAUCCCGAGGAAGUGAAAUGCAAAGAUGGCGAAGGAAAGGAGAGGAGUCAAGGUGCAGAAUGGAAAGACGGAUCAUUCAAGUUUAAAUGUAGUGCAGAUGGUGAGGUGCUACUCAUUGGUUGUUUCACAUCAUCCGGAAAGUUGGUUUCAAACGGUGAAGUGAAGUCGGUGGAUGGAGUUGACAUGGAAUGUAAGACGAACCCAGACGGUAAUCCAGUGCUGAAGGUUCUCAAAAAAUCCAACAAAGUGAAAUGCAAAGAUGCUGGAGGACAGGAGAGGGAUUCAGGCGCCGAAUGGAAUGACGGAUCCUUCCAAUUUAAAUGUGACGAAAGGGGUGAGGUAAAAUUCGUUGGUUGUUUCACGCCAUCCGGAGAGUUAAUUCCAAAAGGUGAAACGAAGUCGGUAGAUGGAGAAGAUAUGCAAUGUAAGACUGAUCCGGAGGGCAAACCAAUGCUGGAGACUAUUGAAGAACCCAACCAAAUAAAAUGCAAAGAAGCUGGAGGACAGGAGAGGGAUUCAGGCGCCGAAUGGAAUGACGGAUUCUUCCAAUUUAAAUGUGACGAAAGGGGUGAGGUAAAAUUCGUUGGUUGUUUCACGCCAUCCGGAGAGUUAAUUCCAAAAGGUGAAACGAAGUCGGUAGAUGGAGAAGAUAUGCAAUGUAAGACUGAUCCGGAGGGCAAACCAAUGCUGGAGACUAUUGAAGAACCCAACCAAAUAAAAUGCAAAGAAGCUGGAGGACAGGAGAGGGAUUCAGGCGCCGAAUGGGAAGACGGAUCUUUCCAGUUUAAAUGUGACGAAAAUGGUGAGGUAGCAUUAGUUGGUUGUUUCUCGUCUUCUGGAGUGUUAGUUCCAAACGGUGAAAGGAAGUGGGUGGAUGAAGGUGGUGUGGAAUGUAAGACGGAUCCAGACGGCAAUCCAGUGUUGGAGAUUCUCGAAAAGACCAAUAAAGUGAAAUGCAAACUUGGCGGAGGAACAGAGGAGGAUCCAGGUACCGAAUGGUCUGUUGGAUGGUUCCAGUUUAAAUGCACUGAAAAUGGUACCGUUGUGCUCAGCGGUUGUUUCACAUCAAAAGGGAUGCUUGUUCCGUACGGUGAAGUGAGGGAGGAGCGUGGAAGUUAUGUGGAAUGCAAGAAAGAUGCAAACGGCUCCCCAGUGUUGGAGGUUCUCGAAACACUCUCAGAAAUGAAAUGCAAAGACAACAGUGGGACGGUGAAGGAUCUAGGUUCUGAAUGGACUGUUGGAUGGUUCCAGUUUAAAUGCACUGAAGGUGGUAAGGUUGAGUUCAUGGGUUGUUUCAUUUCAACCGGAAAACUAAUUCCAAAUGGUGAACGGGCAACGGACGCUGGUCGUGAUCUAGAAUGUAAAAUAGAUGGGAGAGGUUUUCCAUUUUUGGAAGUUCUCGGUAAAUCGAGUGAUACAAAAUGCAAAGACGACGAAGGAAAAUAUAGGAUGAAAGGUGAAGAAUGGGUUGAAAAGAACUUUCAAAAGGUUUGUAGAGAGCAUGGACGCGUGGAGGUUCUUGGAUGCCGAGUCGAAGAUAUCGACGAUCUGAUUCCUCUCAAUGGCAAAGUCUCUGCAGAAAAAUAUGAUCAUUAG